GGGAUUUGCUGUUGGCUCUAUCUUUCAUAUCUCUCUCUACUACUACAAGUGAGGAUACGAGCAGCCAAGGACUCAUUCAGCUCGUCCUUUCUCAGGCUUGCUACUGGGCUAGGCCCAAGAUUCCAGCAUGGCAGGGCACGCCGGAUGGCCCAAGUGUCUUUCUCGACCUUCUUCUUUCUUUUACGAGGCAUCGAAUCGCACGACCUUGUUGAGCUUGGUCCAUGUCUAGGUCCAAUGGCAUUUGAGAGGAGAGCGUGGGGAGAAGAGAAUCUCUACUACCGAAAAGACGAUCUGCCUAGCUUCCAAGCACUAGUUCAACUGGUAGUACGACGCUUGGCAAUGACUAUCUAUCCGAGUGGACUGGAUAGCGGACGCCCUGUUGGGCCGGUGGAAGGAGUGUUGACAGUCUCUUCAUCUUCCAACCGGGCUUCAGACGAGCUGAACCAGAUGCCAAGGCUCCCAGACUGUCGAAGAGGCUGCUGUUAGAACCCGUCUGUUCGGCGACCAGGACGACACACUCCCCUCCUCCAUGCUUGCCUUACGGUACACUAGCGGGUUUU